UGUGGAUCUUAUAGAAUUUCACAGAGGGAAUAAAUAUUUCGACGUGUUUUUGUCGCCAGGAACAUAGUAGAUUGUACAAACUUACGAGUAAUGGGAACGUAUCGAUGUGAAGCAAUGGAAGACUUUAUGAAGGCACAGCUACGGAGGUACGUGUCAGUCUUUCUUCUUUUCGCUGCUUUCUUAUGCGGAGCGACUGCUGUUACUCAUUAUUCUAUCCCAGAAGAAAUGGAAGAAGGAUCUGUUGUGGCGAAUUUAGCUACAGAUUUGGGACUGGACGUGAAAACACUGAGUAGACGAAAAAUGAGGCUGGACAUAAUUUCGAAUAAGAAGUACCUUGAAAUAAACAAAGAAACCGGAGAGCUUUACAUUUUGGAAAAGAUGGAUAGAGAGUAUCUCUGUAGCAAAACAGCAACAACAUGCUUAGUUAAAACGGAAGUUAUUCUUGAUGAUCCAGUACGAAUAUUCAACAUUGAAAUUGAAAUAGUGGAUAUAAACGAUAAUGCACCUCAGUUUCGGAGAGACACCAUACACCUGGAUAUAUCAGAGUCCACCCCUGCGGGUGAGCGUUUCUCUCUCAGUAAUGCUGUUGACCCUGACAUAGGAUCGAACUCCAUUAAAACCUAUUAUCUGAGCGAGAGCGAGCAUUUUGACAUUGAAAUACAAACCGGUAGAGACGGUUCCAAAUUUGCUGAUUUAAUUCUAAGACGGGUUUUGGACCGAGAGACGCAGGCCAUUCACAAUCUAAUACUCACAGCAGUGGAUGGCGGAGUCCCUGCGCGCUCCGGCACAGCAAGCAUUAUAGUGCGCGUACUGGAUACAAAUGACAACGCCCCGAAAUUUGAUAAAGACAGCUAUAAAAUACAUUUAAUGGAAAACUCACCAAUUGGAAGCCUCGUUGUAAAGUUAAACGCAACAGAUCUGGACGAAGGAUCAAAUUCAGAUAUAGUUUAUUCGUUUAGUCUUUACACAUCUGAGAAGACUCAGGAAACUUUCAGUCUAAACCCUGAUAAUGGUGAGAUCAGAGUUAAAGAAAUGAUCAAUUAUGAGGAUUUCAGGAUUUAUGACAUGGAGAUAAUAGCAACGGAUAAGGGGGUUAAUAGUCUCUCUGGACAAUGCAAAGUAACAAUUUUAAUUACAGAUAUGAAUGACAAUCACCCAGAAAUUUCCAUAAAGUCGUUUACUAGUCCAGUUAAAGAAGAUAUAGCGGUAGGUACAGUGAUAGCAGUAGUUAGUGUGAGUGAUAAAGACUCAGGAGAAAACGGUCAAAUAGAUAUUCAUAUUUCUGAUGAAUUGCCUUUUACGCUUAAAGAAUCAUCUGAUAAUUAUUAUGAGCUCGUGGUGUCAGAACCGUUAGACCGUGAAAAGGUUCCAGAGUAUGACAUCACAUUCACCGUCACAGACAGAGGAAACCCUCCGUUAUCUGAUAAUGAAACUAUGACUUUAGAGCUGCUGGACGUUAACGACAACGUUCCUCAGUUUCCACAGUCAUUCUACACCAUACAGGUUGUGGAAAAUAACGCCCCAGGAGCUUUAUUGAGCUCCCUCACCGCACACGACCCAGACCUCCAUGAAAAUCAGUAUCUAGUGUAUUUCAUAAUAGAGAAGGAAAUAGCGAACACCUCCAUGUCCAUGCUGUUCUCCAUCAAUCCAGAGAACGGGAACCUUUACGCACUGAAGACGUUUGAUUAUGAGAUAGAGAAGGAGUUCCUUUUCCACAUCGAGGCCAGAGACUCUGGCGUUCCUCCGCUCAGCAGCAACGUGACCGUUCACAUCAUUAUAAUGGACCAGAACGACAACACACCGCUUAUAGUGUCUCCAUGGCGCGCGCACGGCUCAGUGGUGGAGGAAAAAAUCCAGAGAUCCACCGAUAAAGGAACUCUGAUAGCCAAAGUGAUCGCUAUUGACACGGACUCGGUGCACAACUCUCGCAUCACCUACCAGUUUCUCCAGAACACCGAUGCUACAUUGUUCAGCUUGGACCAGUACAACGGAGAGAUCCGGACCAUGAGGAUGUUCAGCUACAGAGACUCGCGCCACCAGCGGCUGGUGGUGAUCGCCAAGGACAACGGAGAGCCCUCGCUCUCUGCUACAGUCACCAUCAAACUGUCCACGGUGGAGACCGCGCUGAAAACCUAUGCUGACUUGGCUGAAGUGCCUUUAGAGUAUGACAUCUUUUCAGACUUGAACCUGUAUCUGGUGAUCGGACUGGGCUCGGUGUCAUUUCUCUUACUGAUCACCAUAUUGGUGACCAUCGUGCUGAAGUGUCAGAAACCGAAGCCCAGCAAAGCAGCUCCUCCCUGCAGGAACAGUGUGAUCAGUGAGAGGAACUCCACCAUCGCCGAUUCCACGCUGGUGUCCAACGAUGCCUACUGGUACAGUUUGUUUCUAGCGGAGACGAGGAAAGGGAAGCUGGUAGUGAGGCAGCCUGUGCCAAAGGGGGCGCGAUACAUCGUGUCCAGUAUACCCAGGAGUACAGGCGUGACCGAGACUAGUGACUCAGCUGCGUCCACUCUACAGGUAGGACGAAGAAGAAUUUCAAUAUCUUCCUAA